AAAACUCAAUCACCGGCGAGCGCCCAACCUCGAGCAUGCCUGCGUCUUUGAACCACAUCGACACCGCUCCGCAUCAACACGAUAUCGAGGUCACACCUGGGGCCGAGGAAGUUGCACAAUCUCGUGAUCCACCUUUAUUCUCCACACAACAGACACUGUUUGACCAGAAGCUGCUUCACGAUUAUCUUGAUUCGCAGCAGCAAUCUCACAGCACUGCCUCUAUCAAUUCGUCCAGCUCUCUUAUGGGGAGUGUAUAUACCGAGACCCCUGUGUCAGGCGUGCCUUCUGAUGAUAGGUUGCGGAAACAGGCGCUAAGUGAGCCGGCCAAUCUCAAACUAUUGUGGGAGAUCCGCAGCUUGCGUCAGCUUCUUUCACGAAGCCCUCAAGUACAGCGGCAGUGGGCUCAGUUCCCUUGCGCUCUCUAG